UAACAACCCUUCUAGUAUUCGAUGCUCGAUGAUAAAGUUAGUUUCUCUUUCCUAUAACGGGAAGUGUGGAGCUGAAUUUAAAAGAUCGUGUUGUGAAUUUGGCUUAGAAAGARUCACUAACAACCAGAGCAAGAAUAAUAAUUAUACUUUAUAUAAAGUUCAUGGUGAAGAAACAUGACRCAUUCAGAACAGCAAGUCGGAGGCACCUUAACGGACAGCAUGCUCCAUGAAAUCAUGACUCCAGGUUUUUUGCCUGAUAUUUCRUCUCUAAACGUCCAAAUGGAGAUGGGAUACGAAGGUCCUUACUUAGAAAUACUUGAACAACCAAAAUCACGUGGCUUUCGGUUCCGUUAUCCAUGUGAAGGACCAUCCCAUGGGGGUCUCCCUGGAGAGUUUUCGGACAGCAAAAACAAGUCAUAUCCAUCAGUACAGGUAUGUAAUUAUCAAGGUCCAUGCCGUAUCGUUGUYUCCUUGGUAACAGAGGAUGAACCACACAUGCCCCAUGCGCAUAGUCUGACUGGCAAGCAUGCAAACAAUGAUGGCAUUGUGACUGUGCARAUUGGUACGGAACAGGGCAUGACAGCAAGCUUCCCAAAUCUUGGAAUCCAACAUGUGACUAAAAAGAAAGUUGCUAAAACUUUAACUGAACGAUACACAAAAAUGCAAGCUCUWCAAAAUGCAACAUUGACAGCCCUUGCCACAAAUAAUAGCACACCAAGUUCUUUCAUGAACUUUGGAUCUGUCGCACGCGAACAAGUAAUGGCAAGUCAAGGACCAUUUGAUCGGAAUUUGGCUGCAGCUGUUGCAGGAGAGGAAACUAAAAAGAUUUUAAAGCUAGUGCAGGAGCAAUCCAAAACCAUGAAUCUCAGUGCUGUUAGGCUGUGUUUUCAAGCCUACUUACCAGAUGAAAAUGGGAACUUCACCAAACCACUCAAACCCUGCAUUUCAAAUCCUGUUUAUGACUCCAAGGCYCCAGCAUCCUGCCAGCUAAAAAUCUGUCGUAUGGACAAGAACUCGGGCUGUGUAACWGGAGGRGAUGAAAUAUAUCUUCUUUGUGACAGAGUACAGAAAGAUGAUAUAGAAAUCCGUUUUUAUGAAAACAAUGACGAUGGAAAGCCRAUAUGGGAAGACACUGGAAAGUUUGCUCCAGCUGACGUUCACAGACAGUUUGCCAUUGUAUUUAAGACUCCAGCUUAUCACAAUAUUGCAAUUGAAAGACCCGUGGAAGUAUUGCUUGAGUUGCGGCGCAAGUCCGACAAGGAAACAAGUGAACCAUUUACUUUUACCUACAGUCCUCAAAUGUUUGAUACCGAGCAAAUUGGUGCAAAACGACGGAAAAAAGUCCCACACUUCUCAGAUUACUAUCCUCCAGGGGGUCCGCCAGGGGCAGCCGGUGGGGGAGGUGGUGGUUUUAAUUUUGGCAGUGGUUUCCUGUUUGAUUUUGGUUUCGGUGGCAUACCUGGAGUUGGAGCUUCAACAUCAACUUCGACACAGCAAUCGCAAGGCAGCUCAUCAGGUACCACACAGAAUGCAAUGUCUAGUACCCAACCCUCCCAGGAAAUGCUGAAGGAGCUUGCCUGGGCAAUAGCCAAACAUACUUCUUCUGCGAUGCAAGACUAUGCUGCCACUGGAGAUGUUCGCUAGGUAUACACCAUUGCACUUGGCUGUCAUCAAAGGAAACCGAGAAAUCAUCCAAAUUCUUUUGUCAGAAGGAGCUAAUGUAGAAUCCAAGGAUGGGACUUGUGGUCGGUCACCACUUCACCUUGCUAUUGAACAUGAUAACCUGGCAAUUGCUGGAUACUUGAUUCUAGAGGCGAGAUGUGACGUCGAUUCACUGACCUAUGAUGACAACACCCCUCUUCACCUUGCGGCAGGCCUGGGACUAGUUGGUGAAACAGCAUUACUGGUCGCUGCUGGGGCUGAUACCAUGGCAACGAAUAGCGAAGACGAAACACCUUACUCUCUGGCCACYACUGCUGAGGUUAAGAAAAUCCUUGGUGACGAUGAAGGACCCUCAGAUUCCAUAACAACAAGCAAUACAGAUCCAGUGAUCACGGAUAUCGCAGAUAAAGUGAACAAAAACGUGCAAAGAUUCACGACCCCACCAGAAUCUGAAAGUCUUGUUAACUCAAGUAACUAUGGCGACUAUAAACACUGGCAAAACAGACAAGAAAUGGACCGUGAAGACUCAGGCUUUGGGUCCCAGUCUGCAGAAAGAGACAAUGAUUCGUUAUUACUGUCUCUGACAACACACCCCGACAAAAUAAUGCGACCAAUCACCGACCAAGAGCCUCGUUUUGAUAUACACCAUGGCCAGCCAAUGGGAAGAACGAACUGAAACAACCAAUCACAUCAUGAAAACCAUUGAUAUGCGCAUUGAGCGUAUUCAUGCAGACCGCUGACCAAGUAACUGCAACUUCAGUUUCAAACUGAUCAGACCCCGGMAACACGUCCACYUGCGUCGUCGAAGGAACAGUGUGCGCAUGCUUGCAGACCGCUGACCAUGGAGAAGCUGCAAAGCAGUUCUUUUGCUUUAUUUAUAACAMAAAAUAUAUAAUAGCGUUUCGGGAUUUUUUGGUGCCGUAUAAACUCCGUGUAUAUUAUUAAUUUAACCUUCCAAAACUAGAGAAAGUUAUAUUUCAACUUUCAUAAAAAAAUCUUUUCGCUCGCUGAAAGUGCAGUUGUCCAUUCGGUAGCGAAAUAGAAGCAUCCGUGAUUUUGUCUUUGAAUUUUAUCAAAAUACCUCAAUGUUACUGAUGUAUUGUCUAUUUAUAYGUCCUACUUUAAGGUUUUUUAAGUUUACCAAUCUAACAGCGCCUAUUUUCAAGUCUUACUUCCAUCCACGAUUUUUUUGCGCGAUUUUUUCAUAUACGUAAAAUUGACAUCUUUUUUUUUUUUUUUUUUUUUUUUUUUUUUUGAAUCGAUCCGAAAGCAACUUUCAAUUACACGUUAUUUUUAAAACAAAUCAUGUUUUUCGAAUACACCCGGGUCUUUUUGAUAAAUGAUUGAAUUUUUGGUGUAUCAGCUUAGGUGUUUUUUUGAAAUAUGUUUUGUUUUGUUUUUUGUUUUAUUUUCUCUCUCUUUGUUUUGUUUUGUUUUGGUUGGAUUUGUUUUUGGUAGUUUU